UAAUCCACGAACAUCAAUGGCAAUAAAAGGCUUCCCAGUAUUUUUUUUUCUCAAAUUCAAGGUUGACGGUUAGCACGGAUGACAACUGUAUUCUGCAUAUGCGAUAUCUACGCAGAAAAUAUAUAUUCAUGCCUUACGUUUGAUUCAGGAAAACGUUUAAUAUAUACUAAUGGAAUUGUAUUACACAUACUCUAACUCAGGUACACAACUCCGUGUUGUAAGGAAAGGUGACCUCUCCGGUCUCCCAAUGCUAAAAACCUUGUAUCUCUUCGACAACAAACUACAAACAAUCGAGGUCGGCGCCUUCGACGACGUCCCAGCAAUUGUGGACAUCGAGAUCGGGAGUAACCAGAUAUCGGACCUGCCUCCGGGUGUCUUCCGGGGCUGUGGUCAGCUGCAAACUGUGGCUACUGAUGGGAAUCUGCUCACUACAAUUCGACAGGGAGUUUUUAAUGACUUGGCGAGCUUACAGGUUGUACGGCUCGGCAACAACCACAUCGAGACCAUAGAAGUGGGGGCUUUCUCCAACCUGUCCAACUCUAUCAUCUUCAACUUAGAAAACAAUCACAUCCGGGAAAUAAAGAAAGGCGUGUUCGGUGCUCCUCAAGGAGCGACGCAAAUCCAGUUACAGAACAACAACAUUUCUGUUAUAGAGCCCAGCGCACUUUCGGCAUUCAGCAAACUUUACAUGCUGCUACUUGAUAACAACGCUCUCUCUACCCUUACUGGUGCGCUGCAGGGUUUAGAUAACGCAGAAAUCAUAAGCAUAAAGAGCAAUCAGAUAGUGGCACUGGCCGAAAACACUUUCCAAGGACUUCACAAGCUCAGUGGGCUGGACCUGUCAAACAACCAAAUUGGCGCCAUCACGGGACAGGUGUUUGCUAACCUUUCAAGUCUGAACUUUCUUGACCUUCACAACAACAAGCUUGUCCGCAUGGACUCCCCGCUACCUGGCGGGAUAGGACAAGUAUUGCUGUCCUCUAACAUGCUUUCUGAAGUACCUCCCUUAUCGGGCGCGCUUGAUACACUAGACCUGUCCCACAACCCCCUGCAGUCCCUGGUACAGGGACAGUUCUCCCAUAUCCCCAGCAUCACUACCCUUGGUCUCUCUGGUAUAAAGUAUUUCAUAGAGAAAGGCACCAUUGACGCGGGCGUGUUCGCUGGACUCGGCAGGCUGGGAACUUUGAACCUCGCCGACAACAACCUUACUCGGGUCCCUUCGGAAGCGCUCGGGAAAAUCAACCAGUUAGAUACGCUGAAUCUGUCUGGGAACGAGAUCACAACUCUCCAUCCCAGCGACUUCGUCAACCAGACGACCAUUAGGACACUAAAUCUCAACGGUAACAAUCUGACGUCAGUGCCAGAGGCUGUCCUCGACAAGCUGACACGGCUGUACGAGGUGGACUUGUCCGGCAACCCUAUCGUAUAUGUGGGUCCGAGGGCCUUCGGCGGCGGAGAGCUGUUCAGUGUGCAUCUGGAUCAUACAAAACUUCGUGUCAUAGACGGAGCUGCCUUCAAUGAAUCAGUGGAAGUGAAGUGGCUCCAGCUGAACAACAACUAUUUGCAGUUUCUACCGGGAGGAGUCUUCAAACCUUUAACUUUCUAUGGAGACUUGCUGGAGUUUGAGGACAUGACUAACAACCCCUGGAAGUGUGACUGUCAGAUGUACGAGUAUGCGCAAUAUGCAAGAUCAUCUGCGGCCUUUCAUCUCAGUACACUGAACUGCACCAACCCAGGAAACUUGACAGGACAGGUGGUGCGGAAGGUCCCACUGGAAGCUUUCAAAUGUGACUGUCCGCACUACUCUGUACCAACCAUAGACACCAGAGGCAGCUCAGCAGCGGUUCAUGUGGGGCAGGGGGCAGUGCUCAAGUGUAAGGUCACGGCCUGCCCUGAAGCAGCGGUCAUCUGGACCACUCCUACCGGCGUGAGUCUGACCUCUGACUCCCAACAUCCGGGUCUCAGUGUUCUAUCAGACGGAAGUCUGGUCGUCGUGUCAGCGUCAUCAGAGGACUCGGGCACCUACAGCUGCAUGGCGGUCAACUACCUCGGUACGGCUACGGCAACGGUCAAUCUCAGGGUCACCAGCGGAGGCUAAGAUGACCACCGACACGGAGAUGACGACGACUAGAUGAAUCGAUGAGAGUACAAGCAGUUGGACCGAAUAUAUAUGUCCUCAGCUCAACCCAGAACCAAAAGGACGAUGAGAAAUACUGCCACAAAGACCCGCCCAUCUUACAAGGACGAAAACUUUGUCACGAAUUACAUGAACGUGACAUGAUGAUUCUUCAAAUGUUAAUGAUUUGUCACAAUCUAUACAGCUUAAUUGUGCCACUUGACUGAUAAAGGGAAACUAAAACGCAUGUGGAGAAAAUGAAUAGGGGAAUGGAAGCAUGACAAAGGCAUCAAAGAAUACCACGGUAGUAAAAAUGUCAUCAUAAUAAAAGAGUAAAAUUAUAGAUUGGUUUGCUAGGUUGCCAUACAUUGUACAAUGCACACUGUACUGUCGCAUGGGAAAGUUUAUUCACAAUAACAGCUAUUACUGUUUUACUUUCUACAU